AUGCGCGGCUACGAGAUCGGCUUCAUGAACAUGGAUCUUCUGCGCGACCAUACGUACGAUGUUGCGAUCGGGCAAACAAUCGCUCGGCGCCACAACGGCACCUUUCAGUUGAUGAUGGGGUUCGAUCCAGACCAGUGUAUCGAUUACGAUCACAUGCUGAUGUACAUGGGGCCCGGUUACUACAUCCCGUUGCCGGCUAUGAGUGCGAUGUGCUUCAUCGUACCCAAGAGUGGACCCAAAUCCGUGUUUCUAGUGCUGCUAGACCCGUACGAUCGUUACAGCUGGGCAGCGUUUGGCGUUACGAUCGGUGUUGUUGCCCUGGCACUCACGCUGUUCGGCGAGUCCUCGAGGACAUCCAACUUCGUGCUGGUCCUGCUUGAGCUGUUGAUGAUCGUGUUAAACGGACCGACACAUCAGUUGGCGGGCCGGUUUGAGCGAUACGUUGUAGGGCUGUUCAUGCUGCUUGGCAUUGUGCUCAUCUCCGGCUACCAGUCACUGGUGAUCUCGUUCAUGGCAUCGGCUCGCUACGAACCACAGCUGGACUCGAUCGAGCGCAUUAACGACACGUGUUUGUUUGUGCAUAGCUCGGAUAUGGUUCGGGCUGGAUACCGGUUUAAAAACAUCAUCCAUUCGCUCGACAUAUUCGCCUCGAGCCAGCUCAUGUGGGAGCUGAAGUGGUGCUCGGUGGCUGCCUGUACCGAGGCCCAGUACGUAAUGGAGCACGUAGGCAAUGCGGACAAACCACGCGAACCCGAACCCGGAGAGCUGAUGCUGUACGAUCAAGAACAAUGGGGCAUGAUGAAGCGUCAGCUGCAACUGUUUCGCUACUCGAAGGCACACAUGCAGACGUCUACAUCCUUGUAUCGAGCGGGGUUUAACUCACCUGUUCGUCAUCUCGUGCAUUGGUACACGCAAGCCUUCAUCGAGGGAUGUCUUCAUCAUUAUCCGGUGUUGCGGAAAACUCCUCCCAAGGCGGAAGUGAUCUUGCAGGACACGCUGGAGGCGCCCGGUGUUAAACGGAUGGGCCUAACGGAUCUCGUCAUCGGUUGGGCACUGUUUUGUCUCGGGAUCGGGCUGAGUGCGAUGAGUUUCGCCAUAGAACUGGGCAUCGUGGGUGCGCGGAAGUUGAAGCACAUUAUUCGUGUCAGGAUUGGGAGGAAAAAGCGAGCAUUCAUUCGGUUGUAA